AUGAAUGUGGAUAAAGAUACAAGAGUUAUUAUACUACCUAAAACCGAAAAAGGACAUCAAUUUUAUAAAAUUAUAAACUUGCCAUUACCAUCAGAUCUUACCAAACUUAAAUCAUACCUAAUAUACGAAAAUGAUAACAAAAUAUAUGAACUUAAUAUAAUAAAGGGAGAUAAUUCAUCAGUCACACUUAAAAAUGGAGAUGCAGUCAAAUCAAUAAUAAUAGAAUCAACAACCGGAAAUGGUGGAGUAUUACAAUCAGCUAAUAUUUUAAUUGGAUCUCCAUUUAAUUUCACAUAUUUAUUAAUUUCAUUAUUUGAGAAACAUUAUAAACAAAUCAACGUAUUUAAAACAGUUGAAGAUAUUAGAGACUCGUUGGUGAGUUUAGAAAACGAUUGGAUUUAUGAUAUUAAUUCAGAAGUAUUCACAAAUAGCUUGAGUGCUAUAUGUGAUGAAAUUGAAGAAAAUGAAACUAAAUUUUUCAAAUAUUCUAAUGAGAAAUGUAUUGAAUGGAUUAAUUCAAAGAUUUUAAAUUUACAAAAAUAUAUACAAUCAUCUAAUAAUAAUUCAAUUUUAUCAAAAAUUAAAUCUGAGUUAAAUGAUUCUACUCAAAUUAAUUAUAUAAUUGAUGAAAAUUUAAUAAAUGAAAUGUCAUUAUUAUAUUCAAUUGAUUAUAUAUGUGAUUCAUAUUUACCACAAUUGAAACAACAAAUAAUAUCACAUUACAAUUACAAUUUCUUCAAAAUGGAAACACAUUUAUCAGAACUCAAACAAAAGCAAAAAAAUUUAGAAGUUAUAGAAUCAAAUAUGAAUGAAAUAAAUAUGAUAACUGCUAAUGCUAAUGCUGCAAAUAAGAAGAAGAAACAACCACCAAAGAAACAAGUUAAAAAAGUAGCAAUAGGUAAAGGAGCAUUAGAUGGUUUUCUCAAAAAAGCUUAA